UCAUUGGUUAUCGCGUUCCUGGCGGGGAAGUGUGAAGUUUAUUAUUUUAAGUUAAACUUCGGCGAGUAUUGCUAAAAUGAUUAACACGUACAUUUUCUUCCUUUGGUCAGACGUCCAGAUCGCCUCUGAAUGAAAUCAGCGCAAAGCUAACGUUUAGCCCGCUGUUGUUUUCCGCCAGCUGCGGGUCUGCUAGCUGAAUCAAGAUGAGCUCCUCACGGGAAAUCAAACAGUUGCAGAAAGCAAAAAGCAAAGCUCAGGCCAGCAACAACUUAAAAGAGGAGGCCAACAUCUGCAACCAGCUCGGAGAGCUGCUGUCCAAGACUGGUGAUUAUGAGGCUGCCAUCAGGGAACACCAACAGGAGCUGACUCUGUCUGAGGUGCUGAACGACGUGAUCGGACGGGCUGUAUCAAACCGCAAGAUAGGAGAGUGCUACGCAGAGAUGGGAAACAUCGAAGCCGCUCUGAAGCACCAGCAAUGUCACCUGGACCUGGCUCGCUCUGUCAGAGAUCAUGCAGAGGAGCAGAGAGCUCUGGCCACCAUUGGUCGAACCUUCCUGUUCCGAUAUGAGUCUGAUCAAUCAAAGAACAGCUUAAAGCAAGCAGAGGAUUCUUUCAGGAAGAGCUUGGCUAUUGUGGAUGAACGAUUAGGUGGGACUGUGCCUCAGCGAGAGAUCAGUGAGAUGAAGGCUCGUCUCUUCCUCAACCUGGGUCUGGUCUUUGACCAUCUGGGGGAGCCCAAACACUGCAGCGAGUUUAUCCGACGUAGUGUUUUUAUCGCUGAGAAGAGCCAGCUGCUGGAGGAUCUUUACCGGGCAAACUUUAACCUUGGCAACAUCUACUUCCGUAAUGGAGAACCCUCCAAUGCCGUUCGCUGCUUGGAGCAGGCCAAAGAGUGCGCCAGGAAGAUGAAAGACAAGUUCAGUGAGAGCGAGUGCUUCCAUUGCAUCGGCAAGGUGCAGCUUUCUCUGGGCGAUUUCGUAGCAGCCAGACGGUCUCUAAAGAAGGCCCUACUUCUUGGUUCGCAGCAGCCAGGGGACAAAAAGGCUGUGAAGAAAGCUUUCAAAUAUGCUGAUAAGGGCUGUAAGUUAGAGGAAGAGCUGUCAGAAGAUCAGGGCAGCAGACUGAGUUCCCAUCAGGCUGUGGAGCUGUCUGAGCAGCUGGGGGACCUUUACUGUAAAGUGGGCUACUACAGCAAAGCUCUGGACGCCUAUCGGGCUCAGCUAAAGGGUGCUGAAGCUUUGGGCAAGCCUGCACGGGAGCUGGCUGUCAUCCAUGUGUCCCUGGCUGCGACCUACACAGACCUGAGACAGCACAGCAAAGCAGUGGAGCAUUACAGGAAGGAGCUGGCGCUGCGUCAGGGCAACUCCACUGAGGAGUGCAGCACAUGGCUGAACAUCGCAGCAGCUCAGGAGGAGAGUGGCUGCGUCUUCGACGACGUAGACAGCAGCUACAGUUCGGCUUUAAGCUAUGCACAGGCGUCUGGGCAGGCCAGGCUGCAGAAACGAGCACUGCGGCUCUGGCUGGCGUCCCAGAGACGGCGCGGCUCAUCGAAUGCUGAUGAGACCGAGGCGAGGUUGCAUGAGGUCUGCGCCUCAGAGGGCUGGAACCCAGAGGGAAGUGAUGGUGAGGAGGAUGAAGAGGAGGAGAUGGACAACAGCGAAACUCUGGAUGACAGUGAUAUCAUUUUGUCAGACUCUGAUGAUGACUUGGAGGGUUAUGACAAGAUGGUGUCAGGAAGAAGAAAGACAGGAAGGUGGAACAAGAGGAAUGAAAAAGGAGAGACGUCUCUCCACAGAGCGUGUAUCGAUGGAAACCUGAAGCAGGUCCUAUUCCUGGUGGAACAGGGUCAUCCAGUGAACCCCAGGGACUACUGCGGCUGGACUCCCCUGCACGAGGCCUGCAACCAUGGUCACUAUGAUGUUGUCGCUGUGUUGCUGGAGCGAGGUGCUAACAUGAACGAUCCCGGCGGGCCCCUCUGUGAGGGAGUGACCCCGCUGCAUGACGCACUCGCUUGUGGAAAUCUCAAAGUUGCACGACUGUUGGUGGAAAGGGGGGCUUCUGUCACGAUUCGCAACUCCAAGGGUGAGACUCCGAUGGAUACCCUGCAUCACUGGCAGAGGACCUAUAGGAGAGAGCUGGACGAGGAGACCAGGCAAGAAUGUCUCUGUACAGAAAGACUGCUGAAGAAGGCUGUCGCAGGAGGAGUUCCUGCUGCUCCGGCUGCAGCCAAGCCUUUUGAUGCCCUGCAGGACAGCCAGCUGUUCGAUGCAGAGAACUCUGAGCCCCUGGCGGCCACUGGAGGGAGCUCUUCCUCCAGCCAGGACAGACCUAGAAACAGCAAGGUCUUUGAGGAGAAACGUGCAGCCGCCAGCCUCAAACGAUGGCCGAGCGGUGGCUCAUCACAGCGGCACAGAGCCAGAGGGACAGAGGGUUCUGUUUUAUAUGGGAUUAACAGCAGCAGCUCAGAUGAUAGUGACUCUGACAAUCCGAUCAGUCCACUCCGUCCUGUCCGUCCUAGACACACAUUUCCAGCAGCUCCGAGUCAAAAGGAUAAUCCCAUAAACAAGGAGCCUCUCAGGCCCCUCAACUCCUAUGUGGAAAAUAACAGGGAGGCCCCCCUGCCAUGUGUUUUUCAACGAGAUGAUUACCACAGUACCAUUCGCAGCUUGGGCAGCGCCAAAACACUCCAUCAGGGUGUUUCACAGCGUCAGCUCUCCAGCACACCUGCUGUUUCCUCCAGCAGCAGAUCUGCUCUGGUUCCAGAGGACGAGUAUGUGGCUGAUGACUGGUUGGAUGAUGAUCUGGGAGAAAUGCAGCCAAAGAAAAAGAGGAGGCUUCAAAAGGAACACAAUGAACCAAGAAGGGAGGAAGCAGCUUCAUCUUCGGCUGCUAGAAGUCAGAACAUUCAUUUGAGCUCAGAAUCGUCCUGCAGAGGCUCUGUGUUGAACUCCUCCUCCUCCAGCCGUGUUCUCACUCAGAGGAACAACGGCUCACUUAAGCCACAUCAGGUCAAAAUGACUCACAUGCCAGGGAUGGUGAGGUUGGGCACACGAGAGGUCGGCAGGUCAAACAGUCCCUCAGUUACAGACGAUGAAGACAUGAGGCCUGAAACCCCUCCACAGAUGCACUUUCGGCCCUCAGCUCCUUGUUCUGCUGCCUUACCAGCAUCACUGCCUCCACCAAUCAGGAUGAGGGUCAGAGUGCAGGAAGACGUGUUCCUCAUCCCAGUUCCACAGAGCAAGGCCGACUCCUGCACCGUGUCGUGGCUUUGUGAGCAGGCAGCUCAGCGCUACUACCAGAAAUGUGGCCUCCUGCCCUGCCUCUCGCUGCAGAAGGAAGGGGCGUUGCUCUCUCCACACGACCUGCUGCUUGCUGUGCUGCACACCAAUGAAGAGGUUCUGGCUGAAGUUUGCUCCUGGGAUCUCCCUCCUCUACCUGAGCGCUACAAGAAGGCAUGUCAGAGUCUGGCAGUGGACGAGGAAAAGCGUGUCACCCGGCUGUGUGAGGUCCAGGAUGGGAGCUCCUCUGUGUCGGUGUGUGGCCUCAGUUUGGCCCCCUCUUCCCUCAACCCGCUCCUGCGUGCCCUCAAACUUCAGGCCAGCCUCACCGAGCUGCGCCUCUCUGGCAACCGGCUGUCAGACAACAUCCUCCCUGAACUGGUCGCCACAGCGGUCACCAUGCCCCGCCUCCAGCUGCUUGACGUUUCUGCCAAUGGUCUCACAGGGGAAGGGCUGGAGAAGGCUGUCGAUGCUCUAAAGGGACAGAGUCAACCUGCAUUCCCGUGUCUGGAGGAGCUUGAUCUCAGCCUCAACCCUCUCGGAGACACUGUGUCCGAGUCCCUGUCCUGCCUGCUGUCCUGCUGUCCUUUGCUCUCAAAGUUGUCUCUGCAGGCCUGUCGCCUCACAGCCCGUUUCCUUCAGCAACACCGGCUGCUGCUUGCCAGCGCUCUGACUGGACUGGCCCACCUGAAAUCUGUGUCCCUGUCCCACAAUGCCCUGGGCUGCACUGGCUUUGAGAUGGUCCUGAAGACUCUGCCCCUGCAGACUCUAACACAUCUGGACCUGUCCGCUGUGCACAAGGGUCCUGCUGAUUAUCCAGCGCUGGAACAUCUCGCCAAGCUCCUGUCUCAGGAUGAGUGUUCUCUGAGCCACCUGAGUCUGGCAGCCAAUGGACUGACGGACAGCAGUGUAGCUGUCUUAGCCAGAUGCUUGCCUUUAUGUCCAACCCUGAUGAGUCUGAACCUGUCAGGGAACCCGUCUGUGACCUCGGCGGGCCUCCGCAGCAUCCUGGCGUCCAUGAGAGAGGCUUCCCGACCCCUGACCCUUCUUAACCUUCAGGGUUGUCAGGUGUCUGGGCCUUUGGACAGCGAAGAACUGGAGGGUUUGUCAGAGCUGGUGCAGGAUCUCCGUCUUUGCUCCCAGGGCUUAAACAAGCUGGACAGAGACGUCUUAAAGCAGAGUUGGGAUAGGAGUCUCCCAGAUGGACACUUUGUGAACCGAAACGCCAGGUUUCUGCUCUCUGCAGCAGCAGCAUCAUCAUGAGAAGGAAUGUUUCACUGAUAAUGGGCGAUCCUUUGAGCCACCUCUUGUAAUGAUGGGUCUGUGUUGUUGAGGUAGUCUGUAAAUACUUCCAUGGAUUUGUUUAUGCCUUGUCUUUCAUAGACUAAAUAACUGAAAUUAAAGUUAAAAAGAAAUAAAGGUCCCUGUGAUUCCUUU